AUGCCACCCACGCCCAAGGAGAUCAGCGACAACAUUGACAAGGCUAUUGAUGAUUUAAAUACACGCUGGGACCUGGGACUUCCAAGGCUCCAUGGAAAAGCGUCUGCUCCAGCUGAUGAGUCCGAGCGCUUGGCUGGGACAUGCUCGAAGCUCAUCCGAUUCCUUUGCUUCAAGACGGAUCAAACCACAUCGGCUCUGCGCGAAUUCGAGGGGAGAGCACGGCAAAUUCACUCCCAAUGGGUUUUCAAGCCCUCUCAAGAACGAGGCACUCUGCCUGUAUUGCCCGUUACCAAGAGCCUAGUGGUGCGCAAGGCUGGCCUCGUGCGCCUGGGCGAUUCCCAGCGGUCCGCACUUCUGGGGCUUCUGCACAACGUGUUGAAGGAAUCGAAGGAUAAUUAUGAGCUGGCACAAAUGUCUUCUGCGUUCUCAAUCCAGUCAGCUUCUACAUCAGCUGUAUCCUUGGCGACUGCUCCUACAACCCCCGUAAGAGAGGGAGUAUCUCAAAGACAAGAGUCCUUCUUCACGCCAUCGAGCAGCCCUGUCAACAAAAUUGGGAAUCUGCAUAUCGCACCCGUCGAGCCACAGUUGAAGCAUCCUCUAACAAUGUCCACAAAGCGCACAAUCGGCUCUCCAAAUGGGGUCAGUCCUCGCCCUGAAUCUGAGUUUCCACCUGCUCACAUUUUGCCACAGCAAAACAAGCGACAGCAGACACUCUCGGAGUUCUGCCAUUUCAGACCCGCAUCGCCGCCUCUCCCAGAAGCCCGAAACCUCCAAGUGCCGGACCCCAUGAGUUUUGAAACUGCAGUAUCUCCCGCUGCAUCCUCCGUCUUCUCAGUCGCCGAGGGAGAGAACGCAGGGAGAAAGUCGAAUGAUACCUCCAUGGUCAGUUCGCAGGAUGAAGACUCGCAAGACUUGUUUCCAACCCAGGAUUACAAUGAGAUUUUCGAUGACGAAGAGUUCUCCACCUCUUUCAAUGAAUUGAGCAAGACUACAAGUCCGUUCGACCCAACCGACCUCAACUCCAACGGCCCUUUCAUAAAACAAGCAAUCCUGCCGUCAGAUGUCCCAUUCUGGUACUGUUGGGAAUUGCACCGACUUGCGCCUGAUCUUGGCCUAAAACCGAUCGAGCUGUACCGGUCAUUCGGAGAAAUUCACAAGAAAACACCUGUUGCUUCGGAGGAAUUUUGGCACAAGGUCAAGGAGGUUUGUCGUGCAAAGGCUGUGCGACCGCUGCCUCAGAAGUCCGACCUCCCCAGUUGGAUUAUGCAAAACAACAAUUACAUGGAUGUGAAAACGAACAAGGUCGCCCAUUUCACAGCUGCCCUGGACUGGAACGAAGACAGUUCCCAGGGACUGCUUAAACUUCGACUCAACGCCCUCCAGCUAGUGCAGUCAACCCGCUUCCAUCGAAAAUUUGGUGCCGACAGAUUUCUAGCGCUUAACGGACCCCCAUUCAUGCUCCCCGACAAAUUAUGGUCACUCAGCUCCAAGAAUCUGCCAUUGUACGACAAGGUGAUCGAUUUUCUGGCGUCGGGCUCGCACUUCAUUGCAGGACGUAGCUGGAGAGUAUGCUUCAUCGAGGAGGUGAAAGGGAGAACACGGCGCACUAAGGCGGAACCGCGGCGUUCAAGGAUCAUCCUCUUUGCCGAGACUGGGUUUGACAUCGUCCCACGACCUCUCUUGAACCUCAACGUUGCAGAUCUCAAGGUUGACGGCCAACACCAGAAUAUCACACGGCAAGGACUGAUGCAAUGGCAUAUGCCUCUGAAUGCCAAUUCCAAUUCGAUGGACCUCAAAUUAUUCUCCAGAUGGAGCAUUGGCUUCUCGAGGACAACUCCGACGAUAGAGCUUCAGCGACAUGAAUUUUUGUACAGAGACGACGAACUUGGUGACCUACCUGGUGACGGAUCAGAACGCAAGGUCAUGAAUGAUGGCUGUGCGUUGAUGUCCUACCCACUCGCCAAAGCCGUUUGGGCAGCGUACGGCGGCGAAGGUGAGCCACCCUCUGCUGUCCAAGGGCGUAUCUCAGGCGGCAAAGGUCUUUGGUUGGUGGAUUAUCAGAACAAGUACACCCCUGUCAGUGAUAGAGGUUACUGGAUUGAAAUUUCAGAAUCUCAGCUCAAGAUCAAGCCACACCCGCGUGACCGUCAUGAUGCGGAUGCUGAUGCCACUUUGCGAACGUUUGAGGUGUUGAAAUAUGCUAGCGAGUGCAAGCAGGCUCAUCUGAACAUUCAGCUGAUUAAUAUCCUGGAGGACAGGGGAGUUUUGCGCUCGGUUCUUCAGGAAGCAUUGCAAUUGGAUGUGCAAUCGUUCUCAAGCACUCUUACGGAAGCGAUGAACGACCCGAGAUAUCUACGGCUCUGGAUGCAAGAACAUGCCCCUUCGUCCCGACUUGAGGCUAAGAAAGUUUUGGGCUCAUUUCCCGCCAACCACAAAGAGCAAAUGAAGCUCCUGUUGGAAUCUGGCUUUCAUCCGCGGACAUGCCAAAAACUCAUCGCCAAUGCUUAUCGUCUGCUCAGUGACUACAUGACCGAUUACAUGGACAAAAUGUGGAUUCAGAUACCACACUCUACAGCUGUGUUCUGUGCACCGGACCCGUUAGGAGUGCUCGCUCCUGGCGAAGUGUACCUUGGUUCUUCAAGCUCUAUCACACAUCCCGUUACAGGGCUCAGGGAGAACACGCUCGAAGGUCUUGAACUCCUCGUGGCUCGAAAUCCAGCGCACCUGGCAUCUGACAUGCAGAAAUGCCGAGCGGUCUACAAACACGAGCUGCGACACUACAAAAAUGUUAUUCUGUUCCCACAGCGAGGAACCGUCCCUCUUGCAUCUUUAUUGUCCGGCGGCGACUAUGAUGGUGAUGUUGUGACAUGUAUUUGGGAUCCUGAAAUUGUGCGACAUUUCUGCAACACCGACGUGCUACAAAUGCCGACAGAGACUGAGUGCGAUAUGGUUCAGCGCUCAGAACCAAUAUCUGCGAUUUUCAACGUUGGACGCCCCCUUGAUGAAGCUUUCGAGGAGUAUUUCCGCAAGUGUAUUGCUUUCAAUGCUCGGUCCAACCUGCUUGGCUCGUGCGCUGCAGAGCAUGAGAAGUUGAUCUAUGCCCUGAGCCAAAAACGACACCCUAACAAAUUAACACAUUCUGGUGCCGUGAAACUAGCAGCUCUUGCAGGUUUUCUGGUCGACAGCACUAAGCAGGGUUGGGACCUGACAGAGACAAUGUGGCAUGAGAUCCGUGCGAGAGCGAGUGGAAGCAGCCGCUUGCAAGAUCCGGCGUAUAAAGACGACACUCCUCGAAGGCAGCCAGGACCAUACCUGAACGUAGUAGACUAUCUCAAGUUUGAUGUUGCCCAGGCCUUGAAGGAACAAGUCCUACGAGAAUUCGGGGGAUUAGACAAAGACCAAAAAGUCCUUAAAUACGACAGGGAUCUAAGUCGACAUUGGCUUCACUGGUCGUCUGCGAUAGAAGAGGACAGAAAAAGAAAGAGGCGUGAAGCUCGGUAUCAGUCUGCACCAGACACUUCUAACACAACAGGAUCUCCGCAUCAAGAGGUCGAAGCACGAGCUAUGACAGACCUGGAGAAACUCACCGACUUGUUGGAAGGCACGCAUGGUCUCCUUGAUCAAAUAAAAGACCUGGAUGCACAAUGGAGCAGAUUGGUCCCUCAAAUGGGCCCUGACCCGACCCCGAGCGAAGGCAUGGAUUGGAGUAAGUACAGUAUUGCCGUUGAAACUGUGUAUGAGAAGUUUCGAGACAUCCAACCGAAGCGGCUUGAUCAUGAGCUGUAUCGUCGCUACGAGGCAGAAAAGGACCAACCCUUCUCCGACUGGGUUCUUCUCAAGGCGUCAUGCCUACAUAUGGUGGUGUGCUCGAAAGGCUUUUUCCCAGCCUGGGUGUGGUAUGUUGCCGGACGAGAACUCUGUUAUUUGAAGGCUCUGCAACACACAGGCGGUAUACAAAUCGUUGUGUCAGAGAUCCACGACCUUUACAAGGUGGACGCGAAGUUUGCCAGAGCCUUGCUGGAAGGUUGUCGUGGCGAUGGAGCUGACGAGGAGAAUGCCGUUGAUGAAGAGUACUUGAUGGAUGACGAUGUCGGAUUGGAAAUGGACUGAUGGUUGGAUUGGUACGAUGCGAAAGAUCGGGAGAGACCAUGAUACCCCUGGAUUGCGUUCCACGAUACCCCCUUUUGUU